UACGCUUCUUUUCACAAAUCACUAGGAAAAAGACAAUUCUGUCUAAAUAGAUGAGUAUAUUUUUCAAUUUAAAUUUAGCAGCAAUUCCAAACCGAAAUAAUCUGCAUGCGCUGUGUGACUCCACAGUUUUAUGUUCAGUUUUUUCUUUUGCUACUCUAUGCAAUCACUUUCAUACAUUUGGCAACUGAACAGACGUGUAACUGCCGAGCUUGCAGCCAAUCCGAAUGCAGAUUACUGCGACGCCAUCAAAACAAACGGGAGCUGUCUCCAGCGGAAGAGUCGGUGACAGCCCGCUGACAGCUAAAGGCGUGUCCUCCAUGUGUAUCCUGCUGUUUAAGUUUGAUCCACGGCCUGCAACUAAAAAUGCUUACAGGCUUAUCUUGGCUGCCAAUCGAGAUGAAGUUUAUAAUAGGCCAGCAAAGGUGGCAGAUUUCUGGGGAGAUUCUGGAGAUAUCCUCAGUGGCUUGGACAUGGAAGAAGGUAAAAAGGGAGGAACUUGGUUAGGAAUCAGCAAAAAAGGAAAGUUGGCUGCUUUGACAAAUUACCUGGAACCUUCAAGUAAUGCUGAUGCCUUAGGCAGAGGUAGCCUGGUCUCUAACUUUCUGAUGGAUAACUUGGAUUGCUUUUCCUACUUGAAAAAAAUCUCAGCUGAAGGCCACCUGUACAAUGGCUUUAACCUGCUAGCUGCUGAUUUUAAGACUACAAUAGCCAGAACAAAAGAAGAUACCAUGUGUUAUUAUGGAAACCGGGGAGUUGAAGUGCCCACUUUCUUGAAACCAGGUAUUUACGGUCUUAGCAAUUCUCUACUUGAAACUCCUUGGAAAAAACUGCAACAUGGCAAGCAGCUCUUCACUGCUGUGGUGAAUCAAAACCUGCCUUCUGAGAGCCUGGUACAGCAGCUGCUGAACGUCUUGAACAAUCAGGAGCCACAGUUACCAGACCCAGCAAUAGAAGAACAAGGGAAAGAUUUUAUCCAUCCCAUUGUUAACAAGUAUGCAGCAGUGUGUGUGCGAUCACCAGGAUACGGCACAAGGACUAACACUAUCAUCCUCAUUGAUGCAACAGGACAAGUCAGUUUUACUGAACGUACAAUGCUUGAAUCUGACAUCAAUCAGUGGAAAACUAGCACAUUUACAUUUACACUUCACGAGUAAGAGACAUUUUUGCUCUGCCAACUGUGGAAUUAUGUUUAGUGCCUUUUAAUGAUCUGUUGAAGUGGAGAAAAGUAUUUGACUCUUUGUUACAAUAAUACACCUCACUGAUUCCUCGCCCCAGCUAACUUUUUCAGUUAUAAAUCAGACGCAAAUAGUGCCCUUCUAGUGCCAUUUUGAAAAAUGAGACAUGCUUGCAUUUUGACUCCUGAAGUUCCUUUAAUCAACAUACUUUAUGUAGAACCACUGAGGCUCCAUAUAGUGUCUGGAUUUUUUUUUAUCAUUUCAUUGCAGGUUUGUGUUGCAGAAACAUUUUUAUUAUAUUUUAAUAUAAUGAGAGUAAAUAUAGAAAUGAGUUAGUUUAUUUAUUAUUGUAGUCUCUACUUCCCAUAACUUAUUCUUUAAAGGCAGCAGUUUGAGCUGAAUCAUGACAUUCAGAAGUGCAAAUAUGAUUAAUAUUAAUACUGUCUCACAUAUUAUGUUUCUUUUACCUUCUAAAAUUUUAAAAUAACAUUAUUUACACUUUGUGUUGAAGGUAUAGGAAUUAUAAUCAAGCUACCAUUGUUUUGCUCUGCUUCACAAAAACAAACACUCUUACUUUUUAAAAAGCAUAUAACUUGCUGCAGUUUUCAAGCACAUCAACUUUUUUUUCCUAAGUAGCCCCCUUCCUUUUUCUCCUGAAUUCCCAUGUGCUAAGAGGAAAUUAAGGUGAGGUAUAAAUGUUUUUUUUUUUUAUAUUAUUACUAUAUAUGUAUUCUCUUAAGUGGGAACAAAAUCACACCACAUACUGUGAGUAGCUGUCAGUCAGCUAGAGACCAAAUGUUGAUAAAAGUCUAAACAAGUCCUAUUAUUUACUUAAGUCAAUAUUAAGUUCAGAUCUUGCGCAGUUUUACAUUUUAUUCUUCUGGCUUGCUGCAAAGCAGACAAGGUUUAUUGCCCAGUAUAAUUUAGUAGCAGUCAUUAUGUAAAGUAUAACAUAAACUAAUUGAUUUAAUGUAAAUUGGUCUUCGUCAUCUGUAUAGGCAGAAUGAAAGGAAAUGUUCAGUAUAUGCACCAGCAAUCUACAGAGAAUAAGACAUGGUUGGGACCAAAAUUUUUACACAGAAACAAAUUAUUUCAAAUCUGUGUCCACACUCAAACCUAAUUUGAGAUGCUAACAGCAGUUAAAAGCUUCACUGUGUGAAAUCAGUGUGCACAGUUUCAACUAAACUCAUGAUACUUACCGGAGUUCACUUUAGCAUCCUUCUUGUUACUAAAGAUCUUGAAUAAUGCUGUAUACUGUGUUAUGGUGUUACAUCACCUAAAGUCAACAGGAGGACAAGUCUGAAGCUUCCCUGGGUCUCAAGUAUCACUGAAGUAAUAAGAUUAAAUUAUUUACAAAAUACAGUACUUUUUUUAGUGGGGUGCAAGAAUACAAUUUUGUUUUACUGAAAAGUAUCAUUAGUCUAAAAAUAUACAUGAAUUGUUUAUUGUUGGUCUAAUUUCAGUUUGUUAAAACUGUACUGCAUUAGAUUACACUUUUCACAGUGAUAAAAGACUGCAAAGUAAACAUAUAAGCUUCCAUUAUAAAUGUUGAUAAUGUUUAUCAAUAAGUAAAGGCACUGAGGUAUAAUAAAGACAAUUGAUCAUUUCUCUUGCCAUUUUUGUACCUGCAAUAUAAAAAAAACCUUCACAUUUUAUAAAUGCAUCUGCUCGGCCAUUUGUUUACAACCAACCCAGUAUUCGUUGCUGUAUGAUCACAUUGGUGGUUCAAUAACUGUCAUCAGUAUAUAGGGAAAAUAUGUUUUCUCUGCACAAAAGUUGGCACAGUGGGUCUGAAGGCUAAAGAUGAAAUGCUAUUCUGGUGAUGUAUUAAGAGUUCAUGUGUUCUUCUUCUGCUUGUGUGGGUUUUCCUCCCAUUUCCCAAAGAUAAGUGUAUUAGGUCCAGUGUGAGAAAUGUUACUGAUUGGUUCCUUGUCAUGUAUUAGCAUCUUAUCCAGAGUUGGCUCCUAUUUUGAUUCUAGCACUGCCAGAAAUAUGUCCAUAUUCCCUAAAAACUGGUUUAAUUGAGUCCAGAAAUAGAUAAAUAAAUGGGCUGCUUUGGUGCUAUUGCUAGUUACAAUAAAGCAGUUUGCCAUCAUGCUGAAUUUUCUUGCAGUCAUCUGUUUGGUCAUCAAACAUUAACAUGUUGAUAUACAACCUAAUUUUUCCAGUUAUCAUCUGUGUAUAGUGCAAUGUAGCAAACUACAGAUAUGGACAAAAAUAUCACCUAAACACAGGGUAUAAUUCUAUUGUUUUAUAACUGUAACAACAGUGAUAUUCAAUUGCAAAUAUCAUAUUUUAAGCUUGUCAGGGUCCAAAAAUUAGGGUCUUAUUUAAAAUACAUUUACUCCAUUUCUUUAAUUGAAAAAUAUGGAUACUGAAGGAUGCUCAGUGUUGACAUUUCUGGCUUUCUUGCAUUAGAUAGAUAGAUAGAUAGAUAGAUAGAUAGAUAGAUAGAUAGAUAGAUAGAUAGAUAGAU